AUGACCGUGUCCGAGCGGGACGACGCCGACCGUCGAGCGGAGAUCCCGGCGCUGCUCUCCGCGGCCGAGCAGCAGCACAGCAGGCAGCUCUACGCGCCUCAGUGUCGCCAGCGCGGGGGCUGGCGCGACGGCGAACGCCCGCAACUCUCCGGUGUCCAGAUCGUGGAAUUCGUUCAAACGUAUGCGUGGCCCAAAGAGACGGAGAUGGUGAGUUUGUGCUACUCAAUGAACGAGAAUGCGCUGCAAUCCCUGUUCGAAGCGGACUAUGAUGUGCCUACAGCGGUGGAGAUUAUUCACGAAGCUCGUCGCGAGAAACUGAGACUAAAACGAGAAGAGGCGGAACGGAUUCACAAAUUCACAUUUGAGAAGGCCAUGGAUAGACAUGGCAAAAAGUUCCAUCUCGUCAAGAGAAGACUUGGUCGGCAGGUGACAACCCGCGAGUUGGUGAGCAAGUUUUACUUGUGGAAGAAGACGCCCGAGUACGAGCAAUGGCACGAACGCCAGCGGGAGAAGAAGAGAGCGAGGGAAGCCAAGCGGAUGGCUCGAAUGCGACCCGCUGCAGACCAGCACAGAGAGUAUUGCGAAAUGUGCUUGAAGGGCGGCAAGUUGCUGUGCUGUGAUGGCUGCGAGCGAGCGUAUCACCUUAACUGCGUACGGCCAUCUCUGUUAGACGUCCCCGAGGGUGACUGGUUCUGCCCGUACUGUCGGGAUGCAUCU